AUGGCGCCUCCCGUGCGCCCGGGGAUGCUGCCCCUGCUGCUGUUGCUGCUACUGCCGCCGUUCGGCUCGGUUCCAGGAGUGUGGAGCUUUAACGAACUGUUUUUCAUGAAAGAACCACAGGAUACAACAGUCACAAGGAAAGACCCAGUCUUUUUAGAUUGCCAGGCACAUGGAGAAGGUCCCAUUAAGGUCACAUGGUUGAAAAAUGGAGCAAAAUUGUCUGAAAAUAAACGGAUCCAGGUUCUAUCUAAUGGCUCCUUAUACAUCAGUGAGGUGGAAGGCAGGCGGGGAGAGCAAACCGAUGAAGGAUUUUAUCAGUGCUUGGCAGUGAACAAAUAUGGGGCCAUUCUUAGUCAGAAAGCUCAUCUGACAUUGUCAACUAUCUCUGCGUUUGAAGUCCAUCCAGUGUCUACUGAAGUCCAUGAAGGGGGAGUUGCUAGAUUUUCAUGCAAGAUUUCAUCAACACCCCCUGCAGUCAUAACAUGGGAAUUUAAUAGGACAGCCCUGCCUAUAACCAUGGACAGGGUGACUGCCCUGCCAUCAGGAGUGUUGCAGAUCUACGAUGUUAGCCUGGAGGAUGCUGGGAAUUACCGCUGUGUGGCAGCUACUGUAGCUCAUAAACGUAAAAGCAUGGAGGCCUCACUAACCAUAGUUCCAGCUAAUGAGACCAGAUCCUUCUACAUGCCAACCAUUAUAGCCAGUCCACAGAAUGUAACCGCGUCUCUACAUCAGACAGUUGUGCUAGAGUGUAUGGCCACAGGAUAUCCUAAGCCCAUCAUUUCCUGGAGCCGUCUUGAUCACAAGUCCAUUGAUGUCUUCAAUACUCGAGUACUUGGAAAUGGCAAUCUCAUUAUAUCAGAUGUCAAGCUACAGCAUGCUGGAGUUUACGUUUGUCGGGCCACCACCCCAGGCACACGCAACUUUACAGUUGCAAUGGCGACGUUAACUGUAUUAGCUCCUCCUUCAUUUGUUGAAUGGCCUGAAAGUUUAACAAGGCCACGAGCUGGCACCGCACGGUUUGUGUGUCAAGCAGAAGGAAUCCCAUCACCCAAAAUGUCCUGGUUAAAGAAUGGGAGACGGAUACAUUCAAAUGGCAGGAUUAAAAUGUACAACAGCAAAUUGGUCAUUAAUCAGAUUAUCCCAGAAGACGAUGCUAUCUAUCAGUGCAUGGCUGAAAACAGCCAAGGAUCUGUUCUGUCUCGAGCCAGAUUGACCGUGGUAAUGUCAGAAGACAGACCCAGCGCUCCUUACAAUGUUCAUGCUGAAACCAUGUCAAGCUCUGCUAUCCUUCUAGCUUGGGAGAGACCACUGUACAAUUCAGACAAGGUCAUUGCCUACUCUGUGCACUACAUGAAGGCAGAAGGUUUAAAUAACGAGGAAUAUCAGGUGGUCCUUGGAAAUGACACGACUCAUUAUAUCAUUGAUGACUUGGAACCUGACAGCAACUAUACUUUCUACAUCGUGGCAUACAUGCCAAUGGGAGCCAGCCAGAUGUCAGAUCAUGUAACACAGAACACGCUGGAAGACGUGCCUCUAAGACCUCCCGAAAUUAGCUUGACGAGUCAAAGUCCCACCAACAUUCUCGUCUCCUGGCUGCCAAUCCCGGCCAAGUACCGGCGGGGCCAAGUGGUGCUGUACCGACUGUCCUUCCGCCUGAGCACUGAGAAUUCCAUUCAAGUUGUAGAGCUCCCAGGGACUGUGUAUGAGUAUCUUCUAGAAGACUUGAAGCCAGACAGUGUUUAUCUGGUCCGGAUUACUGCUGCUACCCGAGUGGGUCUGGGAGAGUCAUCGGUGUGGACCUCACACAGGACGCCCAAAGCCACAAGCGUGAAAGCCCCCAAGUCUCCUGAACUGCAUUUGGAACCACUGAAUUGUACUACCAUCUCUGUGAGGUGGCUGCAAGACACCGAGGACCCAGCCACCAUUCGGGGCUACAAGCUGUUUUAUAAAGAGGAAGGGCAGCAGGAACACGGACCUAUCUUUCUUGACACUGGUGACCUGCUGUACACGCUCAGUGGCUUGGACCCCAGAAGAAAAUACCACGUGAGAUUGCUGGCUUACAACGACGUGGAAGAUGGCUACCAGGCCGACCAGACUGUCAGUACUCCCGGAUGCGUGUCUGUCCGUGAUCGAAUGGUCCCUCCGCCACCGCCACCCCACCAUCUCUCCGCAAAGGCUAAUACAUCCUCUUCCAUCUUCCUGAACUGGAGGAGGCCUGCGUUUACCACUGCCCAAGACAUUAACUACACCAUCCGCUGUAACCCUGUUGGCCUGCAGAACGCCUCUCUGGUCCUCUACCUGCAAACGUCAGAAACCCACAUGCUGGUUCAAGGACUAGAAGCAAACACCAAGUAUGAGUUUGCUGUCCGACUGCAUGUGGAUCAGCUGUCCAGCCCCUGGAGUCCUGUGGUCUACCAUUCCACACUGCCAGAAGCACCCACAGGUCCCCCAGUUGGGGUAAAGGUGACCCUGAUAGAAGACAACACUGCCCUUGUUUCCUGGAAACCCCCAGAUGGCCCAGAAACAGUGGUGACACGCUACACCAUCUUGUAUGCUUCCAGGAAGGCCUGGGUUGCCGGCGAGUGGCAGGUCCUACACAGAGAAGGGGCAAUCACCAUGGCUCUGCUGGAAAACCUGGUGGCAGGGAAUGUGUACAUUGUCAAGAUAUCUGCGUCCAACGAGGUGGGAGAAGGGCCCUUUUCAAAUUCUGUGGAGCUGGCCGUCCUCCCCAAGGAUGCUUCAGAAUCGAACCAGAGGCCCAAGCGUUUGGAUUCUUCUGAUGCCAAAGUUUAUUCAGGCUAUUACCAUCUGGACCAAAAGUCAAUGACAGGCAUCGCAGUAGGUGUUGGCAUAGCCUUGACCUGUAUCCUCAUCUGUGUUCUCAUCUUGAUAUACCGAAGCAAAGCCAGGAAGUCAUCCGCCUCUAAGACAGCACAGAAUGGAACCCAGCUGUUAUCCCAAGCCAGUGCCUCUGUAGCAAUGAGGAGUGACAUGGGGAAGAACUUGGAGAGAGCUACAGAGAAUGAAGAGUCCUUGGUACCCAUGGUGCCGAGCAGCUUCAUUGAUGCGAAGGGAGGGACUGACUUGAUCAUCAAUAGCUACGGUCCUAUAAUUAAAAACAACACUAAGAAAAAGUGGCUUUUUUUCCAAGACACUAAGAAGAUCAAAGUUGAACAGACUCAAACAAGAUUUACUCAGGCCGUCUGCUUUUACCAGCCAGGCACCACAGUGCUGAUCAGCAAUGAAGACUCCUCCAGCUCCCCAGGGCAGACCACCAGCUUCCCAAGACCUUUUGGGGCUACUACCCUUGACACUGAGCAUUCAGCGAACAGUGAAAGCAGCCAUGAGACAGGGGAUUCUGGAAGGUUUUCCCACGAGUCCAAUGAUGAGAUACACCUGUCCUCCGUUGUCAGCAGCACACCCCCCACCUCGAAUUCCCUCGCUGGUGGUGAUUCUGAUGGGGAUGCUGCACCGAAGAAGCAUGGAGACCCUGCCCAGCCCUUGCCAGCUGAGCAGACCUCAGCCCCACAGCCAAUAUCUGCAGCGCUAGGAUAUGCUGCACAGGGUUUUCCCGUCUAG